AUGGCAGAGGUUUAUCUGAACUCGGAUAUGUUGCAACAAUUGAACUCUACUGUACAGGAUUAUUUGGCAGAAUGGGUCAAGAAACAGCAAUCAUUGCUAAACAAUCAAUCGCAGUUGGUCGUUACACAGUUUCAAGGGAAUCCUAAGAUUGCGGCUAUUACUUCCAUUGUAGCUGGUUUGUUCACACUUUACGUCUUUUACAAAUUAGUCUGGUGUUCUAGUUCUGAUAACUGCAAGCCAGUCAACUUCUCUGUUCCUGUUCCAGAUGCUGCCCAAACCCACUGGAAGGGCAAGAGACUUUAUCCGACUAGUAUCUAUGAUGCUGAAAAACCUGGAAUGAUUCAAGCGUAUUGUCCAGCUACAGGCCAAUUCUUGGGCUCGUUUGCUUCUAAGAGUUGUGAUGAGAUUGAUAGCAUGAUUAAUAGGGCCUCUGCAGCCCAGAGUGAAUGGGGUUCUUCGUCCAUCAAUCGUAGAUUGAAGAUCCUGGUCUCGUUGCAGGCCUAUAUCCUGCAAAAUCAAGAACUGAUUGCCCAUGUCGCUUGCCGGGACUCGGGUAAGACCAUGCUUGAUGCUUCUAUGGGCGAGAUUUUGGUUACGCUCGAGAAAUUGCAAUGGACUAUUCAACACGGUGCCAGAGUAUUACAGCCUUCGAGACGUCCAGGCCCAACAAACCUGUUUAUGAAGUUCUACAAAGGUGCUGAAAUUCGUUAUGAGCCACUAGGUGUUAUAAGCUCUAUCGUCUCAUGGAAUUACCCCUUCCAUAACUUAUUGGGUCCCAUUAUUGCAGCUUUGUUCACAGGUAAUGCCAUCGUUGUUAAAUGUUCGGAACAAGUCGUUUGGUCAUCAGAAUUUUUCAUCAAGGUGGUACGCAAAUGUCUCGAAGCUUGUGGUGAGGAUCCAAAUUUGGUUCAACUCUUCUACAGUUUACCUCCUUCUGAAACGGAUAAUGCAGCUAAUUAUUUCACAUCUCACGCAGAGUUCAAGCACAUCACUUUCAUUGGUAGCCAGCCAGUUGCUCAUCACAUCUUGAAAUGUGCUGCCGAGUCCUUGACUCCAGUCGUGGUCGAGCUUGGAGGUAAGGAUGCCUUCAUCGUCUUAGAUUCCGCCAAGGAUAUGGAUGCAUUGUCUUCAAUUGUUAUGCGUGGUACUUUUCAAUCAUCUGGCCAAAACUGUAUUGGUAUUGAAAGAGUCAUUGUAAGUGAAAAGAAUUACAACAGUUUAAUCAACAUUUUAAGCAAUAGGUUGUCGAAGAGUCCACUGAGACUAGGUUCAGACAUUGACCAUUUGGAAGAUGUCGAUAUGGGUGCAAUGAUUUCAGAUAACAGAUUUGUCCAAAUGGAAGAGCUUGUAAAGGAUGCAGUUAAUCACGGUGCCCGUCUAUUACACGGUGGUUCUCGUUACAAUCAUCCCACUUACCCACAGGGACACUACUUCGAACCUACUCUAUUGGUGGAUGUAACACCAGACAUGAAGAUUGCACAAAAUGAAGUAUUUGGUCCGAUUUUGGUAGUAAUGAAAGCUGAUAAUACCGACCAUUGUAUCGAGCUUGCUAACUCAGCUCCAUUCGGUUUAGGUGGCUCAGUAUUUGGAAGUGAUUUUAAAGAAUGUAACUACGUUGCAAACAGGUUGAAAACCGGUAAUGUCGCAAUCAAUGAUUUUGCUACCUUCUACGUCUGUCAGUUACCAUUCGGUGGUAUUAAUGGGUCUGGAUAUGGUAAAUUUGGUGGUGAAGAAGGAUUAUUGGGCCUUUGUAAUGCCAAGAGUAUCUGUUUUGACACUUUGCCUUUCAUAUCAACCCAAAUCCCCAAGCCUUUGGAUUAUCCACUUCGUAGCAGCAGAAAGGCUUGGACUUUUGUCAAGAGUUUCAUCACAGCUGCAUACGCAAUGUCCACCUGGCAACUCAUCAAAUCCAUCUUUACCCUGGCCAAGAAUGCUAAUUAA